AUGGCCACUCAGAAAUUGCUAACGAAAGGAACUGUGGACAAAGGGUUAAUUGAUCAAUCAGUCUCUAUACUACACAGAAUAAUGCCUGACUAUCAAAUUGAGGAUGGAGCAAGCCCUUCUGGUAAGCUCAUAACUUUAAAAGAGCACAUAUCAAAUAACUAUCAAUCCCUAAGACAGAUUGCAGACCGACAAGCUUUGGACAGUUUCUUUGCAGCAAAAAAAGAAACUUUUGAUCAACUCAUAGAAACUGGGAAGAAGAAGAUAGAGGAAAAACUUAUUUCUAUUGAGCGUGUUUCAGAAGAAACAAGGAGUCGAAGAGACACUGGUGGAGGGAAAACAGUCUACGGAGAUAUGAUUGGUGAGAGUAGUUGGUACGAAGCUUGGAUGGUAAAGACAAUGGUGAAUGAUCUGCUCAAGACAUUGGAUAGAGUUCUGUUACAUGUUGCCAAGCAUCCCGUGGGAAUGGAGUGUGUAAAGAAUACGCUCAUUCAGAAAUUAAAUCUGAAUUCAGUGGAUGAGGUGGUUAGGGUUGGAAUAUGGGGUAUUGGUGGUAUUGGAAAGAUCACAAUUGCCAAAGCCCUGUACAAUCAACUUUAUAGUGAUUUUGAAGUUGCUUCCUUUGUAUUGAUUGUCCAUGCCACUGUUGCAGACCCCAAAAGCCUUACAAAUUUGCAGAAAAAAAUUAUCAAAGAUUUGACAACAUAUGAUAAAGAAGUGGACAGUGUUGAUGAAGGCAUAUCUCUGUUCAGAAAUCGUCUUGGAGGACAACGCGUGCUAUUGAUUUUGGAUGAUGUGGAUGCUGUUGAACAUUUGAAUGAUUUGGUUGGAGACAGGUUGUGCUCUAGAAGCAAAUUUAUAAUAACUUCUAGAGACAAACGUAUUCUCAAUGUUGCUCAGGUCUCAUCCCAAUGCAUUCAUGAGAUCAGUGGAUUGGAGAUAAAUGAAAGCCUCCAGUUAUUUAGUUGGUAUGUUUUUUUGAGAGCAUCUCUGAGUCCAAGUUAUAAAGAUCUGUCCAAAAGAAUAGUGGAAGCUUUUCAUGGAGGUGAUUGGAUCCUUCUUGUCUGCGCAAAAUGGCAUAGAUUGUUGGGAGGAAGCUCUUGA